CAUGUUAUUAUUUGGGUUGGAUUUAAAGCCAUUCUUCACUGGUCCGAGUAAGAAGGAGGACCCCGUUCACAUGUGUUCAACAUCACCAGAAUCCAUUAGGCAAGAAGUUGAAAUAUUAAAGACGGAUUUUAAUCAUAGAAUUAAGCACGUUUUGUUUAAUUCUAUUUUAGUUACUUAUAUGACUGCUUUAAUACCAAUCUGCUUUACUCAGAACACUUUGUAUUAUGACACAUGGUGGGUUGCUCAACAUGUCUUAAUGACAUGGGUAGGAGCUUUCCUUCCUCUUUGUCUUCAUGCCUUAUCACCAUCGUAUCUUGAUACGUUACAUCGCUGCGCAUUACAUCUUGGAAAAUGGACUAAGGUAGAAAACCGAAAUCCUCACAUGCCCUAUUCUUCAUGGUCAGAAUUACAAAUUUGGCAAAAAGGAUCCCUUGUUAAACAUGUCCGAGGAUUGUUUAAGGCGGAAGGUUGUAAUAAUUCUGCUGAACCUGCUAAUACUACACAUCAGAGGUUUUAUUUUCUAUUCGAAAAGCCGUUAAGAGUUCUACACUGGCUUCUCAUCUUUACUUGGUGCGCCAUACUCUAUCAGAUUGUACAAUUAAUUCAAUCAUCUGAAUGGAGUCAGAUAAUAGGUUUAUCGUUUAUGUUGGCAUCCAACUAUAUUCCACUAUUCAGAUUGAUGAGGGAUAGACAUUUAUUAUCGAAAGCUUAUAAAGACCAAGCAUCAUCUCCUUUAAGAUUGAGAAGUUCUUAG